AUGGAACCAAUCAAUACAGACCACAAAAGAGUCGUUACGCGCCACCUCAUCUCGGACACGGGUGACUUUUACUUGGGCCUAACAGAGAUCUAUUGCUAUCUACCCAAUGGUGGUUGGUCAUGGUCUAUGGAGACUACGAAAGAUGAUCAAAUCAUCUAUGCACCCAGAGCAGAACCGGAAGAUCUUGUGGAGGAGCUCCAGAAGAUGGGGUUUAUUGAGAAGGAAGCAGUUGGUGAGACGGCUGCGGCCACGUAG